AUGUCCUUGAACAUGAAGAUUCAGGGCAUUUUUUGCAACAUCAUUGCAUCACAGAACUGCCAACUGUUGACCAGCCUGGUGAUGGGCAGCAAUACUCUUCCCUCAGACACUCAUGCUGAGGCUCUGGCAAUGUUUUCAUCAAAGAAGCAGGCCAACUACAGGAAGCUCAUGAAAGGUCACCCUCCCAUCAACCCUGCAGCUGUUAAAGGUUCUCACAAGGGCCUUAUGGGAUCCAACCAUCAAGCCAUGGCACCCAAGUCCAGCACAAUCUUUCAUGUUCAGUCUGUUGGUAUAGUCAUUUGCAGAAUUGAUAAGGAUGGAUAUCUGAAGAAUCUGAUGGCUCCCUCUGGCAAGAGCUACUGGAGCAGUAUCCAAUUAAUGAGAAAUUGUGGCUGUUUCAUCUCUGCUGCACCCGGUGCUGGUGGCAUUCAGAUUGACCCAUCAUGGAUGCACCCCAAUGUCAACAGGCAACUUCACCAAUGGUUCCCACAGGUCUUCAACUAUUUUGACAAGAAUCCAAGUUGUAAAGGUAAUAGAUCAGCCUCACUAUCUGUAACCCCAGAUUGGCAACUCCUUACUAUCAACCACCACUCAUUCUUGAUCAUUGAAGUCACUCAACCUAACAGAUCCACCCUUUAUGAGAAUAAGGGUUGUGGAAAGGCAUGCAUUGUGGUUUGCCAAAGGACCAUUCCAGACAACAUUUAUGAGUUAUGGAAUACCGAGCCACUUGUCCUUGGCUCUGAUAGCAAAGUAGACUCAGACAUGUCUGGAGACUCCUUCCAUGGCACAGAGAUUAUCUGUCUGUCUGAUCACAACCACAAUGGCAGUGGCAGCAACAUUGAUGUGAAGCUCUCAAGUUUGAUGAUUGAGCUCAACCUGCAUUGUGGAGAUGAUUGCAUUGUUGCUAAGGUCAUGGAUAAAGGCAAGGGCACUGAAAGGCACUGUCUCAUCCUGAAGACACCCCCCCCCAACAAUCUGUGGUCUUGCAUUUUACACUCACCAAUACAAUCUCCCCCUGCAGUCAAGAAGCUCAAGAAUGCUGGUACCAUUAUUCCUCCCAUCAGUAUCCCCCAGCACAAUUCACCUCAGGCUCAAAUCUCAUCUGCACCAGAACACAUCAGCAUCAGUGAAGAUGAUGUCUUGUUACAGAGAUGCCAUCACCCUGAUUCGCCAAAUGCUGGUCCCAUUGUCAACCCUUGGAUUUCUGACUCUGAAACUUAUACCAUUCUAUCCCUGAAAGAUCUUCAAUCAUUUCUUUAG